CUUGGUUGUCGUUUCGUCCCGCAGAUCCGCAAGCACCGGGCCAGUAGAGAGAGAGAGAGAGAGGAGGGAGGGUCGCGGCCUCGCGGGGGGUGGAGGAGAUGUCUGUGGCGAAGGAGGCGGGGCCGAGCAGCAGGGCGGUGCUUGUGACGGGCGGGGCGGGAUACAUCGGCAGCCACGCCGUGCUGCAGCUGCUCACCGCGGGCUUCCGGGUCGUCGUCGUCGACAGCCUCGCCAACUCCUCCGAGCUCGUGAUCCGCCGCCUGCGCUCGCUCGCGGUGGAACACGCCAAAAACCUCGCGUUCCACAAGGUUGAUAUCCGUGACAAAGAUGGAUUGGAAAAGGUUUUUGCUUCAACAAGAUUUGAUGCUGUUAUUCAUUUUGCUGGACUGAAAGCUGUUGGAGAAAGUGUACAAAAGCCUUUGCUUUAUUAUGACCAUAAUGUUGUUGGCACAAUAAAUCUUCUGGAAGUAAUGGCAGCUCAUGGAUGUAAGAAGUUAGUGUUCUCAUCAUCAGCUGCAGUUUAUGGGUCACCUAAGAACUCACCCUGCACUGAAGAUUUUCCUCUCACUCCACAUAACCCAUAUGGCAGAACCAAACUUAUGGCAGAGGAGAUAUGCCGUGAUAUCUACCAUUCAGAUCCUGAAUGGAAUAUCAUUUUGCUUAGGUACUUUAAUCCAGUUGGGGCUCACCCCAGUGGAUACCUUGGUGAAGACCCAUGUGGAACUCCUAACAACCUUAUGCCCUUCGUUCAGCAAAUUGCAGUUGGCAGGAGGCCAUCGCUAACAAUAUUUGGAAAUAACUACGCAACAAAGGAUGGGACAGGGGUUCGUGAUUAUAUUCAUGUGGUUGACCUUGCUGAAGGACAUCUUUUCGCAUUAAAGAAGCUUUUUGAAAGCUCAUCUAACAUAGGAUGUGAAGCAUACAACCUUGGAACCGGAAAAGGAACAUCAGUGUUGGAGAUAGUCAAUGCAUUUGAGAAGGCUUCUGGAAAGAAAAUCCCUUUGAUCAUGGGCCAACGGCGUCCUGGUGAUGCUGAGAUUCUCUUUUCAUCGCCGGCAAAAGCAGAGAGAGAGCUCCACUGGAAAGCGAAAUAUGGCAUCACAGAAAUGUGCGGAGACCUGUGGAACUGGGCUAGCAAGAGCCCUUAUGGAUACGCGGCAUCUGAGUCUCCGAAGCUGAAUGGUAGUUCACGCUGAGCAACGCCGAUUGGCCCGUGUGGACUCACUUGUACAUGAGACUGUAGUGCCAGCCAACCAGGAUAAAUGUAGAUCUAGUCGGUCGGUCAUACAGAGAGAAGUUCUAUAGGCCUAGGAAAGAAAUGUUAUCCUGUUCCUCAGCAUAAGCUCCCAUAGUGGUUCUUCCAUAUGCGUAUAGUCUAUGAAAUUUGUUCUAGGACCAUUGCUAUAGUCAACCAGCUAAUUCAAUUCUAUUUCUUGAGUUGCGUUGCCUAAAAUAGAGCAUGAUAUAGAUAUCAGCAUCACAAAAAGUUGCAGUUCAUACAAAUUUUCUUUUGUAAUUGUAUUGUUUCUUUGAGACAAUUUCUGUAUUAUUAGUAUUUCUUUUGAAAUAAAUAUGUAAUAUUGGUU